AUUCAGAUACAAUGUUAAACCUUCUGAAAAAAAGCAUUUUACUUUUGAUAACAUUCCCGACUUGACUGGAAAAGUUGCGGUCGUUACGGGAGGAAAUGCUGGUAUAGGAUAUAUUACAUCAGAGAAUUGGGCAAAUAAAAUGCACAUGU